AUGCCUUCCCUCUCUGCUGCUCGCUACGGCAAGGACAAUGUCCGCGUCUACAAGGUCCACCGGGACGAGAAGACCGGCGUCCACACCGUCACUGAGAUGACUGUCUGCGCUCUUGUUGAGGGCGACAUUGAGACCUCUUACACUAAGGCCGACAACUCGGUCGUCGUUGCUACCGAUUCUAUCAAGAACACCAUUUACAUCAAGGCUAAGGAGUUCCCGGUCAACCCUCCUGAACUCUUUGCCGCCAAGCUCGGCCAGCACUUCCUGGACAAGUACGCUCACCUCUCUGUGGCCCAUAUCGACAUCAAGGUGCACCGUUGGACCCGCAUGGUCAUCGAUGGCGAGCCGCACCCACACAGCUUCUGGCGCGACGGCGAGGAGACCCGUAACGUCUCGGCCGAUAUUUCCCGCGAGGGCAUCACCAUUCGCAGCGGUAUUAGGGAUCUGACCGUGCUCAAGAGCACCGGCUCGGCUUUCCACGGCUUCGUCCGUGACGAGUUCACCACUCUUCCCGAGGUCUGGGACCGCAUUAUGUCGACCGAUGUUGACAGCACCUGGACCUGGAAGAAGUUCAACAACCUCGCUGAGGUUGAGGAGGGUGUAGAGCGAUUCAACAAGACCUAUGAAACUGCCCGCAACAUUGUUUUUAAGGUCUUUGCCAUUGACGACAGUGCUUCGGUUCAGGCCACCAUGUAUAGGAUGUGCGAGCAGAUCCUUGAGGCGGCUCCGGAGGUUGACAAGGUCGCCUUCUCUCUGCCGAAUAAGCACUACUUCGAGAUUGACCUCAGCUGGCACAAGGGUAUCAAGAACACCGGCAAAGAUGCCGAGGUUUAUAUGCCUUUCCCUGGCCCCAACGGCCUGAUUAAGUGCGAGGUCUCUCGUUCUUAA